UCACCACCUUCUCCCAAAAGCACUGCUGCCUUCUCUUUCUCUCUCUAAAACCUCACUGCCAUUGUAGCUCUAGAAAGAGAGAGAGAGAGAGGAAGCAGAAGGACAGAGAGGAAAAAAGCUCUGUACAAUUUGUCGACAAUGGCUCUCGCAAACCCUUCUUCCUCCGCAGCCCUCUCCUCCUCCUCCCUCUACUCCGCCUCUCAGUCCUUCUCCAAGCAGCCCGCUUUCUCUGUCCUCCCCCCACCCACCACCAAAUCCCAUUCCAAGACCCGCCAAAUCUCCGCCGUCCACGCAGCCGAGCCCGCGCCCAAGCCCGCCACCGCCACCGCCACCGCCACCGUCCCGAAACCCGCCGCCCCCACCCCCUCCGGGAAAUGGACCCUCGACAGCUGGAAGCUGAAGAAGGCCCUCCAGCUGCCUGAGUACCCCAACGCUAAUGAGCUCGAGACGGUUCUCAAGACCAUCGAGAACUUCCCGCCUAUCGUGUUUGCUGGAGAGGCCCGCAACCUCGAGGAACGGCUGGGGGAGGCCGCCAUGGGCAACGCUUUCCUUCUCCAGGGUGGGGACUGCGCGGAGAGCUUCAAGGAAUUCAGUGCUAACAACAUCAGGGACACCUUCAGGAUUCUGCUUCAGAUGGGUGUCGUCCUCAUGUUCGGCGGGCAGGUGCCUGUGAUUAAGGUGGGAAGAAUGGCGGGUCAGUUUGCUAAGCCGAGAUCUGACCCCUACGAGGAGAAGAACGGAAAGAAGCUGCCGAGUUACAAAGGAGACAACAUAAAUGGGGAUACUUUUGAUGAGAAGUCGAGGAUUCCCGAUCCUGAGAGGAUGAUCAGGGCUUACUGCCAGUCCUCUGCUACCCUUAACCUGCUGAGAGCCUUCGCCACUGGAGGUUACGCUGCGAUGCAGAGGGUCACCCAGUGGAAUCUCGAUUUCGCCGAGCACAGCGAGCAGGGAGACAGGUACCAGGAACUUGCCCACCGGGUUGACGAGGCCUUAGGUUUCAUGGCUGCUGCAGGACUUACGGUGGAUCACCCGAUCAUGACCACAACCGAGUUCUGGACAUCCCAUGAAUGCUUGCUCUUGCCUUACGAGCAGUCACUCACGAGACUGGACUCGACCUCUGGGCUCUACUAUGACUGCUCUGCUCACAUGCUCUGGGUUGGCGAGCGGACUCGCCAGCUGGAUGGGGCCCAUGUUGAGUUCAUGAGAGGAAUUGCCAACCCUCUUGGCAUUAAGGUGAGCAACAAGAUGGAUCCCAAGGAUCUCGUUAAACUUGUCGAAAUCCUGAACCCACAAAACAAGCCAGGAAGAAUCACAGUCAUUGUCAGGAUGGGUGCCGAGAAUAUGAGGGUAAAGCUUGCACACUUGAUUCGGGCAGUACGCAAUGCUGGGCAAAUCGUGACUUGGGUGUGUGAUCCCAUGCACGGGAACACAAUAAAGGCGCCCUGUGGCCUGAAGACCCGUGCCUUCGAUGCAAUUCUGGCUGAAGUGCGGGCAUUCUUCGAUGUUCAUGACCAAGAAGGAAGCCACCCUGGUGGGAUCCACCUCGAGAUGACCGGCCAGAAUGUGACCGAGUGCAUUGGAGGAUCUCGAACAGUGACUUUUGAUGAUUUGGGCUCACGCUACCACACCCACUGCGACCCAAGGCUCAAUGCUUCUCAGGCCCUCGAGCUCGCAUUCAUCAUUGCAGAGCGGCUCAGAAAGAGGAGGAUUGGGACACAGCGCCUGCUUUCUCUCAGCCUCUAAGCCGCUGUUCCGGAAAAGAAAGCAGCGAUGAAUUUCCUGGUAAUUUUUAUAUGCUAUUUGAAUAAAGUUGGUAUGGUUCCCAUCGAACCCAUUGUUUGUUGUUGCAAUUUUCAGUGCCAAUGCUUUAGCAGUUUGUGUGAGAACUUCUGGGUAGUCGCAAAUUAGGGGCAAAUUGUCCUGUUGCAGGGGGAAUUGCAAAACCGGGUAUGGAAGGAUAAGCUAUCGUAGAAUGUUAACGAUUUGUUGUUACUAUCUACUUUCGUUCGAGUUUGAUUAAUGCUGUGGUGUAUGAAUGUAGUUCGACAAGAAAGAUCUUUAAAUCAAUAGAUAGAAAUAAGGACACAUCAAGGUCGAAUGUGGCUUCUGAAA